UGUUCCCUAUAUCAUGAACCAGACCUAUUCUAUCAGAUUCAGAUUAAAAAGUAGACCUAACCUGAGUAGCCUAAUCCCAUCUCCGUUCUGUUCCCCAGUACAGUGCCUGGUGUGGUAGUGGGAGAUGAGGCAGUGAGAAAGAGAGCCUCUCCUCAGACCUCGGGUACUCAGGAGAUGGGAGCCAACACCAGCCAGGUCAGUGACCUGUGUGAGAACCAGAGCCUCAGGACCCUGAUCGGAACAGAGUCCAUCUCAGAGAAUGACCCCUUCUGGAACCAGCUCAUCUCCUUCACCUUCAUCAGCCCCACUAGCCGGUAAUUACAUGAUCAUCUGUAUGAUAAAGUAGCAGCACUAGCUUGGUCCCAGAUUAGUUUGUGCUGUACAACCAACUCUUAUGGUCAUUGAUAUGCCAUAGCCUGCCCUGUUCAUCCCCACUAUCAGGGAAGAACAUGUUAAAGUAGCAGACAACAACUGGUUGUGCUCAAGGGUGAAAGUAGAUUUUAUUUCUUACCAUUACGGGAUACCGAAGGGCGCACACAUUUUUUUUAUAGCCUAGAUCAGGGGUGUCAAACUCAUUUUAGCUCAGGGGCCACAUGGAGGAAAAUCUAUUCCCAAGUGGGCCGGACCGGAAAAAUCAUGGUAUAUAUAACUUAAAAACAACAACUUCAGAUUGUUUUCUUUAUGUUGAUCGUAUUAAAACAAAGCUGGAGCCUGAGGACAGUGUGUCCAAAAUAGUACAAGCACAACAUCACUAUUAAUCAUAAAACACGUCAAGUUUAUUUGAAAAUUCUAAAGAAAAAGAACACACAAACACACAAUGACUCAGUGAUUAACAGAACUGUUUCACAGAUCACAGAACUAUAUCAGGGUGUCAUUUCUCAGGCAGAAAUGUAGAUAAAAAUAAUGAAAUCCUGUUCCCCAAACAAGUGCAAGAACCACAGAGUCAAGAAUAGGUUAAAUAUACAAAUAAAAUAAAAUAAAUUAAAAACAAUAGCACAUCAACAUAAAAACAUAUAAACAUAAAUCUGAAAGCGUUGCUCAAACUCCCGUAACAGUCCCGUUAUUUUAUCUUUGAACCGCUUCAUGUCUGCCACAUGUUGGGUCGCGCACACAUUUUUCAGACUUUUUCAAGUUGCGUCUCCCACAAUGACAGCUUCAACUUGAAAGAACGUAUGCUGUGAUAAUACUGCGUGACAACUUUGUUGCGCCCUUGCAGCUGUUUGUUCAAGUUAUUCAGGUGCUCUGUAACAUCCACCAUAAAUGCAAGGUCCUGCAUCCAUUCUGCGGAAUGAAAUUCUAACACUGGUUUGCCCUUUUCUUCCAUGAACUGUUCAAUUUCUUCUCGUAAAUCAAAGAAACGCCUCAGCACAGCACCUCGGCUUAACCAUCUUACCUCAGUGUGGUAUGGCAGGCCAUAGAUGUGGUCUUUCUCUCUGAGAAGGCUGUCAAACUGACGGUGAUUCAGGCUUCUGGAUCGGAUGAAAUUAACAGUUUGGAUGACCACCUUCAUGACGUUAUCCAUCUUUAAUGACUUGCAACACAAAGCCUCCUGGUGCAAAAUACAGUGAAAAGUCAAAAUAUCACGUCCUACAUUUGCAGAUUUCACUUUCUCUCUGAACUUUGUCACAACGCUUGCUUUUUUCCCCGAUCAUUGAGGGCGCACCAUCUGUAGCCAGGCUGACAGCGCGGGACCAGUCCACUCCGACCCUGUCCAGCGCGCCGACGAGUGCGGUAAAAAUAUCAGCUGCUGUCGUUGUAUCUGUCAUCGGCACCAACUCCACAAACUCCUCGGUGACGGUCAAUGUGUCAUCAACUCCGCGGAUGAAAAUGGCCAGUUGUGCAACAUCUAUAAUGUCCGUGCUUUCAUCAAUUGCAACCGAAAAUGCAAUAAAUGACUUUACUUUUUGCUUCAACUGGCUGUCCAAAUCCACUGAAAGAUCGGAAAUCCUGUCUGCAACUGUGUUUCUUGUCAGGCUGAUAUUUGCAAAAGCCUGCCGCUUUUCAGGGCACACAAUCUCCGCUGCCUUCAUCAUGCAUGUUUUUACAAAUUCACCCUCACUAAAUGGUUUUGAAGCCACUGCGAUUUCAUUAGCAAUGAGGUAGCUAGCUUUCACUGCAGCGUCACUGAUGUCUCGGCUGUGAGUAAACACAGACUGCUGUUUCUUCAGACACGCCAACAGUUCAUUCACCUUCUCUCAUCUCCGCUGUCUUUGAAAGUUGUCAUAUUUGUCGGCAUGAAGACUCACAUAGUGGCGACGAAGGUUAUAUUCUUUCAGCACUGCAACAUGCUCUGAACACACCAAACAUACAGCUUUCCCAUUCAAUUCCGUGAAUAAAUAGGAUGACCAUUUUUCUUGGAACACUCUGCACUCUGCGUCCACGUUUCUCUUUUUUGACAGAGACAUAUUGGGGCAAUGAGGGUGCCAAAGCACAUAAUGUUAAAAGUAGAAGCCGUAAUAAAUAUCGCGGGCAAAACAAAGUAGCUCAUUGGCUGCACGUGCUUGACCUACUUGCUCUGCCCCGGUAUAAACAGUUUGCUUGCUUAACACAAUUGCUAUUGCGCCAUCCAGUGGACGCAAUUGGAACAGCAGUUUAUUUUAUUGAAAAAUUGCAGCAAAUUUUUUUAUCUUUUAUUUUUUAUUUUUUAUUUUUCCAAAAUCAUCUCGCGGGCCGGAUUAAACCCGUUUGCGGGCCUGAUCCGGCCCGCGGGCCGGACGUUUGACACCCCUGGCCUAGAUAUUAUUAUUAUUAUUAUUAUUAUUAUUAUUUACCUUUUAUUUAACUAGGCAAGUCAGUUAAGAACAAAUUCUUAUUUACAAUGACGGCCUACACCGGCCAAACCUGGACGACGCUGGGACAAUUGUGCGCCAAUCAUAGAUUUACAUAUAGAAUUCCUACAUAUAUAAUUCCUAUUAAUUUCAUAUGAUCUCUGUAGGCUUAGUAGCCUAGGCCUAGUAAAGAUUUGUCAUAUCACUUUCAACUUGUACACUGAACAAAAAUAUAAAUGCAACACGUAAAGUGUUGGUCCCAUGUUUCAUGAGCUGAAAUAAAAGAUCCCAGAAAUUCCACAGGCCACAAUCAACAGCCUGAUCAAUUCUAUGUGAAGGACAUGUAUCGCGCAGCAUGAGGCAAAUAGAUGUCACAUCAGAUACUGACUGGAUUUCUGAUACCUUUUUUUUAAGGUACAGUGCAUUCGGAAAGUAUUCAGACCCCUUCACUUUUUCCACAAUUUAUGUUACAGCCUUAUUCUAAAAUGGAUUAAAUAAAAAAAAAUCCUCAUCAAUCUACACACAAUACCCAAUAAUGACAAAGCAAAAACAGGUUUUUAGAAAUGUUUGCAAAUGUAUUAAAAAUAGAAAAAACAGAUACCUUAUUCAUAUAAGUAUUCAGACCCUUUGCUAUGAGACUCGAAAUUGAGCUCAGGUGCAUCCUGUUUCCAUUGAUCAUCCUUGAGAUGUUUCUACAACUUGAUUGGAGUCCACCUGUGGUAAAUUCUAUUGAUUGGACAUGAUUUGGAAAGGCACACACCUGUCUAUAUAACGUCCCACAGUUGACAGUGCAUGUCAGAGCAAAAAAAAACAUCCCUACGGUGAAGCAUUGUGGUGGCAGCAUCAUGCUGUGGGGAUGUUUUUCAGCGGCAGGGACUGAGAGACUAGUCAGGAUAGAGGGAAAGAUGAACGGAGCAAAGUACAGAGAUAUCCUUGAUGAAAACCUGCUCCAGAGCGCUCAGGACCUCAGACUGGGGAGAAGGUUCACCUUCCAACAGGACAACGACCCUAAGCACACAGCCAAGACAACGCAGGAGUGGCUUCGGGACUAGUCUCUGAAUGUCCUUGAGUGGCCCAGCCAGAGCCCGGACUUGAACCCGAUCGAACAUCUCUGGAGAGACCUGAAAAUAGCUGUGCAGCGCAGCUCCCCAUCCACCUGACAGAGCUUGAGAGGAUCUGCAGAGAAGAAUGGGAGAAACUCCCCAAAUACAGGUGUGCCAAGCUUUUAGGGUCAUACCUAAGAAGAUUUGAGGCUGUAAUUGCUGCCAAAGGUGCUUCAACAAAGUACUGAGUAAAGGGUCUAAAUACUUAUGUAAAUGUGAUAUUUCCGUUUUUUUGUGUGUUUUUUUUUGCAAACAUUUCUAAAAACAUGUUUUUGCUUUGUCAUUAUGGGGUACUGUGUGUAGGUUGAUGAGGAAAAAAACGAUGUAAUCAAUUUUAGAAUAAGGCUGUAAUGUAAUAAAAUGUUCAAAAAGUGAAGGUGUCUGAAUACUUUCUGUAUGCACUUUACCUGUGACCAACAGAUGCAUAUCUGCAUGUGAAAUCCGUAGAUUAGGGCCUAAUGAAUUUAUUUCAAUUGACUGAUUUCCUUAUUUGAACUGUAACUCAGUAAAAUCUUUGAAAUUGUUGCAUGUUGUGUUUUAUAUUUUUGUUCAGUAUAUUUUACUGUGGCAUAAACACAACCAGUCAUAUGAUGUUGUCAUCUCUAGGCUACCUUUGUCCUUAACAAAAAUAAUUCCAUAAUCCAAACGGUGCACUGUGCACCCGCAAUUAGAUGAAUGGAAAGAGACAUCUGUUACAGAACACCUAAACGUGAUUAUUAUUAUUAUUAUUAUUAUUAUUAUUAUUAUUAUGACAUUCUGCGAUGGUCAUUAGGCCUACACUUGUAGCCUGAAUAGAUGCGUUCACUGCUGUCCACGUGCAUGUCUUGGUCUCACGCCUCGGUCUCGGCUGCUCAUCUCCGCCUUGGCAAUGAGUGUUGUCGUCUAACCACAACGCAAUUUGGACCGUAUACCACCCGGUUUCCAGUCAAUUCACACAUUUUUCAUGCGGCUGACAUGCGGUAAUGUUAAUUAUUUAACAUUUUACAUUUUAGUCAUUUAGCAGACGCUCUUAUCCAGAGCGACUUACAGUUAGUGAGUGCAUACAUUUUCCACACUGGCCCCCUGUGGGAAUCGAACACACAACCCUGGCGUUGCAAGCGCCAUGCUCUACCAACGUAGCUACAGGAGGCCUAUUAGUGUGUAAUAGCCUUUAGUUCUUGGUAUUUUGUGUUAGUUAUUGUGAUAGGCUCACGUUUUACCGGUACGGCGUACCCCCACUAUUUAUUUAGGACGCCGGACCAGACCGGCUUACUUUCACCCCUGGUUGUGCUAUAAUGCCAACUCCUUAUCACUCAAUGAAACAAGGGCACAAACAGAUCUGGAACCAGUCUAGACAACUACAACAACAACUCUAAUUAAAUUGGAUUAAACAAAUAGGCUAAAGUGAAUCUAUGAGAUGGGUACUAGGUUACUUUAGUAGCCUGGUCCCAGAUCUGUUUGCUGAAUAGCCAACCCCUUGCAUCAAUGACCAUGGGAGUUGGCAAGACGGCACAAACAGAUCUGGGACCAGGCUAAUCAAGUAGGCCAGGUUAGAUGAUGUAUUCUCUUAAACCUAUUUGUUUAAUCACAUUGCAAGGGAGUUGUUGUUGAAAUACAGGUGGUGUUGUCACACAGAAUUGCAAGUUUCUCCUAAAACAGGAAAUGGGUUUUAGUAGAGCAAACAAAAUAAUUGUAACGUUUACCAUGGCUUUCACUGCGCUCUAACCUUUUCCCCCAAUUGCGUUGUUUCCUGUCUAACAUACACACUGUGUUUUUUAACUCAGGUUCUAACAGACUUUUCUGGCUGUUACCUUGACGAUAAGUUAUUCCUGGCCUGUCAACAUUAGCUAAGGUGCAGCAACAGAGAGUAGGUCUUAGUUAACUUCUUCGUAGUCUAACAGCUUUUAUGUUACUAUUUGCAGACCUCAGCUGACUUGCUGUAAUGAUCUAACCGACUUUAUGAUCUGAUGUGACAAGUAGUAUAGUUGACCUUUAAAGACGCAAUCCAGCUAUUUUGGAACUUUUCCUGUUGAAAAACAAUAUCCCACGUAUAAAUACAGUAAUGUACACACUUAUGGGUUAAAAAAAUAUGUAAACACACUUAUGGGUUAAAAAAAUAUGUAGUAGAGAUAUGUAAUACUCUAAUUAUAUUUAUAUGAACGAGUGUUGCGAGUAUGUACUAACAUGACAGUAGAGGGCACAUUAGACUAUCAAUGAUGGUGAAGUGAAUGAACUUGUGAUGGUUUAGCUGACACUGAUUUAGUCAGUUCUCAAGUGGAAGGACUGCAGUUUGCUUGUCCCUGGUAAAGGAAGGACCACAGCCAUGGAUCUCACAUGUGAACUCUUGAGAUACAGAGCCCAAUUGAAAGCUUGCCAAUAUCCGAUCAAGAGCUGUUGUGGCUGCUGUAAUGGAAUUGCUCUUGCUUCUACAUCUGCAUUGCUUAUUCUUUGUUUUGUUUUGGCUGGGUUAUGUAUAAGCACUUUGUGACAUCUACUGGAGUGAGUAUCAUGUGAAACCAAACUGUAAAAGGGCUUUAUAAAUACAUUUGAUUGAUGUCUUUCCUCUCCCUCUCUCUCUCUCUCUCUCUCUCUCUCUCUCUCCCUCUCUCCCUCCCUCUAUCUCCCUAUCUCUCUCUCUCUCUCUCUCUCUCUCUCUCUCUCUCUCUCUCUCUCUCUCUCUCUCCGUCCCCCCCAACAGUGGGGACUCCAAGCUGUUGGAAGAGGCAGUCAUUCCCCUCGCCAAGAUCCUGAGUACGUCUCAUGUUUGUGUAUUAAGCCUGUCUGUCCUGACUGUUAACCUUUUCUACUUAUUAGGACUUUGAUGACACCAAAACAAGCUUUUACAUUGACUCGUUUCAAACUAAAAACUUAAUUGAGUGCUAAAUUUUUUAUCUUCCGAUAUUUCCAGCCUUUUAUUUGACAGAUUGACCUGUAGUUAACAUGCUUUCUACAUGUUAUCAUCAGUAUUUAUAGUGUCUUUGUUUCAUAAAGAAGACAAUAUAGAUGAUUGAUAUACUAUGUGUCAAUCACCAAGCAGUCCUUUUAAAUACUAUACAUAGUAUUUAAAAGGAUCUUCCUCUCUCCUGCCUCUCCCCCUACAGUUGAGAACAAUCCCAGAACAGGGAAUUUUGGAGCCCUGGUGAGAAUAUUCCUGGGAAGAACCAAAGAGCUGAAAAUAUCCACAGAAUGCCAGGAGUGAGUAUCAUGUGAAACCAAACUGUAAAGGGGACAGAAUCAUCUAAAUGAAUAGUUCAGUCAUAAAUACGGCGUGUGUUGUACUCCCGAUGUUGAAGUGGUGUUGAUGCUGCAACCAUUGACAUUUGUCAUUGGAAUCCAGAGGUAGGCCUAUAGUUUUGGGACGGUGACAUUGAUAGUUCAAUAAUAAAUAAGCCCUGGGCUGUACACCAUGGAGUGGUGAUGCUGAACCUUUGACAUUUUCCAUUUCCCAUGGGAAUCCACCCAGAGGUAUAAUUUGGGCUGUGUGUGAGACAUGGUGACAUGGUCCCAACCCCACUCCGGAUGGAAGAUCCAACUCAUCCAAGCUGAAAUCCAGAUUAUCUGAGAAAGUGUUUCAUUCAUAAACCUGAGGGGUGGAGUAAUUUAGUUAUCCUUCCCAAUUACACCCCCCCCCCCCCCCCCCCCCCCCCAUUCCUCCAUUCAAUCUGGUUUUCCACUUUCCCCCACAUAAUUGGUGUACUAUUUAAUGAAACUGCCAGUUGAGGACCUGUGAGGCGCCUGUUUCUCAAAUUAGACACUCUAAUGUAUUUGUCCUCUUGCUCAGUUGUGCACCGGGGCCUCCCACUCCUCUUUCUAUUCUGGUUAGAGCCAGUUUGCGCUGUUCUGUGAAGGGAGUAGUACACAGCGUUGUACUAGAUCUUCAGUUUCUUGGCAAUUUCUCGCAUAGAAUAGGCUUCAUUUCUCAGAACAAGAAUAGACUGACGAGUUUCAGAAGAAAGUUCUUUGUUUCUGGCCAUUUUGAUCCUGUAAUCGAACCCACAAUUGCUGAUGCUCCAGAUACUCAACUAGUCUCAAGAAGGCCAGUUUUAUUGCUUCUUUAAUCAGCACAACAGUUUUCAGCUGUGCUAACAUAAUUGCAAAAGGGUUUUCUAAUGAUCAGUUAGCCUUUUAAAAUGAUAAACUUGGAUUAGCAAACCCAACGUGCCAUUGGAACACAGGACUGAUGGUUGCUGAUAAUGGGCCUCUGUACGCCUAUGUAGAUAUUCCAUUAAAAAUCAGCCGUUUCCAGCUACAAUAGCCAUUUACAACAUGAACAAUGUCGAUACUGUAUUUCUAAUCAAUUUGAUGUUAUUUUAAUGGACAAAAAAUUUUUUGCUUUUCUUUCGAAAAACAAGGACAUUUCUAAGUGACCCCAAACAUAUAUAUUGUAAACUAUUUCCCAAGGCUGACCAGCCUAUAGCAAGGCAGGAGAGCCACCAGGCUGAGCUUCUCCAGGCCUAUAGCAAGGCAGGAGAGCCACCAGGCUUAGCUUCUCCAGGCCUAUAGCAAGGCAGGAGAGCCACCAGGCUGAGCUUCUCCAGGCCUAUAGCAAGGCAGGAGAGCCACCAGGCUGAGCUUCUCCAGGCCUAUAGCAAGGCAGGAGAGCCACCAGGCUGAGCUUCUCCAGGCCUAUAGCAAGGCAGGAGAGCCACCAGGCUGAGCUUCUCCAGGCCUAUAGCAAGGCAGGAGAGCCACCAGGCUGAGCUUCUCCAGGCCUAUAGCAAGGCAGGAGAGCCACCAGGCUGAGCUUCUCCAGGCCUAUAGCAAGGCAGGAGAGCCACCAGGCUGAGCUUCUCCAGGCCUAUAGCAAGGCAGGAGAGCCACCAGGCUGAGCUUCUCCAGGCCUAUAGCAAGGCAGGAGAGCCACCAGGCUGAGCUUCUCCAGGCCUAUAGCAAGGCAGGAGAGCCACCAGGCUGAGCUUCUCCAGGCCUAUAGCAAGGCAGGAGAGCCACCAGGCUGAGCUUCUCCAGGCCUAUAGCAAGGCAGGAGAGCCACCAGGCUUAGCUUCUCCAGGAUUAGUUGAGUCAGGGCGGCUCAAAGUGACGAAGAAGAUGCGUGCGGUGGAAAGGUGUCUGUGAACCUACUCUGCUUCUCAUCAAACACCGGGGUUCACAUUCACAUACCAAGUUCACCACAGUUACAAGAGAAGCCAUUGCAUAGUUGUAAGUAAUAGAGCUACAUUGGUCAUAUAUUGGCAUGAAUGUGUGUUUAUGAGUGUUGAUUGGUGUGCGUUUAUGAACUCAUCAUGGCCCAUAUCAUAGUUACAAGGAAUACUAUUACUUUAUUCAUGUUUUGGCUUUAAUGUGAGUGUUGUUGGUGUGUGUGUGUGUGUGUGUUAUAUUAGUGUUGAUUGGUCUCAGUGUGUGUGUGUUUAUGUUGAUUGGUGUGAAUGUGUGUUGAUUGGUGUGAAUGUGUGUGGAUUGGUGUGAAUGUGUGUGUUUAUGUUAAGGGAGGAUCUCACGAGUCACAACAACUGUUGUUACCCUGCAGGACCCAGUGUCUUCAGUUCCCCUCAAACCCCUACUUUGGGAUGUCCAACCAAAUCACUUUACGUCAACAUUGACCAUAUUGGCGAGUGUAAUAACUUGUCAUUUGGGAGCCUGGGGCGUCCAACAUGGCUAUUCCCCUCUGGUCUUGUCUUAUUUUCAUGCCUAGUAAGCUACUUGUGAAAAUGAUUAUGCCUUGCUACAUCAAAUCAAAUGUUAUUGGUCACAUACACAUGGUUAGCAGAUGUUAUUGCGGGUGUAGUGAAAUGCUUGUGUUCCUAGCUCCAGCAGUGCUAGUCUAUAUAUGUCUCCUGAGCUAGUCUGUGUGUGACAGAUUUCUCUCGUCUACAUAAAGUAAGUCUCUAAUGACAAUAAAGUAACGUUGCUCUUCUUUUCCCCUCUCCAGUCAGCUGUUCAUCUGGCAGGCCCACAAUGCCCUGUUUAUGAUCCGUUGCCUGCUCAAAGUCUUCAUCAGUGAGAUGACAGAAGAGGAGCUGCACCUACAGUUCUCCUACCAGGAGAGGGCGCCAGGCUCCUGCGGUGAGGAAUCCCUCCAUCCCUCGCUCUACAGUCCUGGUCAAAAGUUUUGAGAAUGACACAAGUAUUGGUCUUCACAAAGUUUGCUGCUUCAGUGUUUUUAGAUAUUUUUGUCAGAUGUUACUAUGGUAUACUGAAGUAUAAUUACAAGCAUUCCAUAAGGUGUCAAAGGCUUUUAUUGACAAUUACAUUAAGUUUAUGCAAAGAGUCAAUAUUUGCAGUGUUGACCCUUCUUUUUCAAGACCUCUGCAAUCCGCCCUGGCAUGCUGUCAAUUAACUUCUGGGCCACAUCCUGACAGAUGGCAGCCCAUUCUUGCAUAAUCAAUGGUUGGAGUUUGUCAGAAUUUGUGGGUUUUUGUUUGUCCACCCACCUCUUGAGGAUUGACCACAAGUUCUCAAUGGGAUUAAGGUCUGGGGAGUUUCCUGGCCAUGGACCCAAAAUCUUGAUGUUUUGUUCCCCGAGCCACUUAGUUAUCACUUUUGCCUUAUGGCAAGGUGCUCCAUCAUGCUGGAAAAGGCAUUGUUCGUCACCAAACUGUUCUUGGAUGGUUGGGAGAAGUUGCUCUCGGAGGAUGUGUUGGUACCAUUCUUUAUUCAUGGCUGUGUUCUUAGGCAAAAUUGUGAGUGAGCCCACUCCCUUGGCUGAGAAGCAACCCCACACAUGAAUGGUAUCAGGAUGCUUUACUGUUGGCAUGACACAGGACUGAUGGUAGCGCUCACCUUGUCUUCUCCGGACAAGCUUUUUUCCGGAUGCCCCAAACAUCCCUUCUUGACACCAGGCCAUCCUCCAAAAGUAUUCGCCUCACUGUGCGUGCAGAUGCACUCACACCUGCCUGCUGCCAUUCCUGAGCAAGCUCUGCACUGGUGGUGCCCCGAUCCCGCAAGCUGAAUCAACUUUAGGAGACGGUCCUGGCGCUUGCUGGACUUUCUUGGGUGCCCUGAAGCCUUCUUCACAACAAUUGGACCUCUCUCCUUGAAGUUCUUGAUGAUCCGAUAAAUGGUUGAUUUAGGUGCAAUCUUACUAGCAGCAAUAUCCUUGCCUGUGAAGCCCUUUUUGUGCAAAGCAAUGAUGACGGCACGUGUUUCCUUGCAGGUAACCAUGGUUAACAGAGGAAGAACAAUGAUUUCAAGCACCACCCUCCUUUUAAAGCUUCCAGUCUGUUAUUCUAACUCAAUCAGCAUGACAGAGUGAUCUCCAGCCUGUCACACUCUCACCUGUGUUAACGAGAGAAUCACUGACAUGAUGUCAGCUGGUCCUUUUGUGGCAGGGCUGAAAUGCAGUGGAAAUGUUUUUUGGGGAUUAAGUUCAUUUUCAUGGCGAAGAGGGACUUUGCAAUUAAUUGCAAUUAAUCUAAUCACUCUUCAUAACAUUCUGGAGUAUAUGCCAAUUGCCAUCAUAUAAAAACGGAGGCAGUAGACUUUGUGAAAAUGAAUAUUUGUGUCAUUCUCAAAACUUUUGACCACGACUGUAGACCUGUAUCCCUUCAUCCAUCCAUCCACCCCUCCCUCCACACACGCACACAUCCCUUUCCUAUACUGAAGCACAGCCAGGACAGUGUGUCCUUGCAGAUGGGAGGGAGGAGAGAGUAGUUAGUGGUGGGAAUUGGGAGAUUAUUUUAUUUUACAGUAAAACCAGUGAAGAAACGAAUAAACAUGUUAAUUAAGUAAAUGAUGGUGUAAUGAUGUGAUUCACUCUGAUUUCAAAUAGUGAAUUUCACAUAACUCAUACAGAGACUGACAAGGUCUUAAACAGUCUGAAGGUACCACACAGUGAACUGCGGUUAGAUGGGAUGUGUGGGGUUGACUCAUAACCUCCAUUCCUCGCGGUUAUAGCUGUGGGCGGCCAGGUUUAGGGUCAUGAAAUAUUGUGUUGAAUAAAGAGAAAAUGAUACAUAAAAAAUUCCAUAAAUGUAUCAUUCUUGUGCAAUUUAUAUCUAUAGACUACAUUUAGCCGAAAAUAAUUAAAGAAAAACCUAUCUGGCAUUAAUGCGUAAGCCUAAGCUUAAGGGCAUAACUGUACGCGCAACAAAUAGCCGACACGCCAAUCGCCAAAUGCUUUUGGGAACGGGCAGAAAAAGUUAAAGGAGAUCCACUAGGCAAAAAGGACAAUGUGGGAGUUUAAUUCAAUAAGAGAAAAGCUGUGAAAUGUAGAGUUGAAGAUAAAGAGAAGGAAGGGACAGAAAAUACAUGUUUGGGAAAGAUUUGGUGAAGUGGUAAAAGAGGAUGAUGGCAGUGUCAGCUAUGUUAUGUGUGAUGGUUGUGAGGCUCUAUGCAAAUUCCACAGUCACAAGACAGGGACUUCAAAUAGGCCAAUGGCAGGUCAAGGGAACCGUAGCCUACUGUUCAGAUGGGUUAAAUGGAAACUGAAAUCUGGACACUGACUGUAGGUCUAUAACCUAUCACAUUGCCUUAAUGUUAACUCCUGCAGAAUUAAGCAUUUCUUGUUGUAAAAUGAUACACCAAAUGUAGGCAACAUUUUUUUACUCAGGAACAGGAGUGGAGAAAUAUGAUUUAUUUCUGUCAGCGUCUUGAGAGAAUGUGAAUGCCAGUUAGAUACCGUCUGUAGAGGCGCUAUCUUUAUCAGCAUCGUAAAAGCUGAUAGUAUUUCAACCACAUAAAAUCUGCAUCCAACCCGAACUGAAAUCUUAUCAGAAACAUGUUGGAUCAUUUUCACAGCUUUCUAUUUCCUUACAACCGGUCAAACUGUUAUUAUUAUUGCAUUUUCUCCCCGGUCCCUAAAUGUCUUUGCUCUGCGAAAGAAGCAGAAAUGACAGCGAAAUUUUUACCAAUGUCAACUAGAUUGAAGCAUUCAUUCUAUCGAUUUAUGACAUUCUGAUGAGCAAGGGUUUAUUUAGUCUUCUAGGGAAACAUAUAUAUAAUGACAGAAGAGAAGCUGCAUGUAUCUAAUUAUAGGCAAGUUGACUAACAAAUAGUCUACCAAAAUGUCGGAAAUUAUAAGCAGAAAAAUAUCUAGAUCAGGCACAAAAGAUCCUGCACCCCCUGUCAGAAAAUAGUUCUGCCGUCUCUGACUGUAGCCUGCAGCACAUUUUCUAUAUUAGCGGGUUAGGGUCAGGUGUAGGCCUCAGAUUUUAACUAUCACAUAUAGUCGGGCGGUUGCGGAUGGGUUAUUAGCUACUGCGGGCGGGUGUGGGUGAACAGCUGACCCGCGCACCAUUAGCGGCUAUUAUGGUCACCUUUUUCUUUCAUCCAUGCCAGUAAGAGUCAAUGAUGGAGAAAUGAUGUUAUUUGUUAUACUCCAGGCCUAUGACAAAGAACACAUUUCCACAGAUCACAUAGCCAAACUAACCCAUCUGAGUGAAUAUAGAGACUGCAGUGAUGAGACAGUCAACCUGUAGAGUGAGGAAUGUUUCGCUUUACACUAAAACCAAGUAGAAAGGGGUAAACAUCCUAAUUGUUGAGUGAAUUAUUAGGAAAUGAUGUUGUGUUUUACUGAGAUCUAUGAAAGGGAAAACAUUUGCACACGCAUACAUACAAUCUGAGAGAAUGUAAAGACUGAUGAUUUCUUAAACACACACUCUGAAGCUGCCACAGUUACAUAAACUGCAGUUUAUGGCCCCCUUUUCCAUGAUUCAUCCCUUUACCAGUCCAGUCACUGCAUUUCCUCAUCUGGUAUUGUCUUCAGCGGCUGGGUACUGUAGGUAACCCUUCCAUUGUCACAGAGAGAGAGAGAGAGAGAGACAAAAAGAGAGGGAGAGAGACAGGGCGAGAGAGAAGGAGAGAAAUGUGGAAAAAUAGCAUCACAUCCCAUCAAGUUAAUAUCUGCUCUGCAGUCUAGAAUGGCUUUCCAAUAAACCCUUGGCUCCCAGGGUUGGGAUGGACCAGCGAGAGGGGGGAGAGAGAGAGAGGGAGAGGGGGGAGAGGGGGGAGAGAGAGAGAGGGGGGAGGGGGGGGGGGUAGCUAUCGGAGGAGGGGGGCGCGGGCGGGGGAGGGAGAAGGUGCGUUGCCACGCUUUUUUAGGGGGGGGGCUUUUUUUUGCUCUCCUUUUUUAGAGCUUCUCCUCCUUUUUUUCUCUCUCUCUUUGUUUUCCUGUUCUUUUUCUCUCCUCUUCUUUUUCGGGUAGGGGUGAAGCGAAGCGCGACAGGGGGGGAGGGUGGAAGAGGAGGUGGAGGGUGGGAGACGGGGACGGCGGGGGGGGGCGGCGGGGAGGGGGGAGAGGAGGGGGUUUUCUUUUUUCUCUUUCUUUUCUUGUUCUUGGAAGAGAGAAAAAGGGGAUGUUAGUGGGAAGAGGAGAGGAGUGCUGGAAACACGCUUAAUUGGAAGUUGUUGCAGACAGAGAAGGAGAUGGUGCCAACAGGCUGUCUUCACCCUCCACUGUGUCUCUCUCUUUCUCUGUCUCUCUCUCUCUCUCUCUCUCUCUCACCCCCUGAAAGAAUAAAGGAGAGAGAGGGAGUGGGGACAGGAGGGGGAAAAUGGAGCGUGUGAGAAGGAAAGAGAAGUGGGAGGGAAGGAUAGAAGGGAAGGAGGGGGAAAAUGCCAAUGGUGUAUUGCCAGGGGUUAUGCAGGGACCAAAACUGACUCAGAGCAGAGUGUUGUUUUUGUUUUUCUGCUUGUGAUUUAUGUUGCCUGUCUAUGUUGCUGUUCUAUAACACAGACUGAUGAAUGUGUAGACAGGGAAUAGUCUAGUAGUCACAGGAAAUUUAACAUGCAGAGAGUAACAUUGAAUAUGCAUAGGAUGCUUUAUAAAACAGUGUUUGGUACUUGUGUCCAUUACAAGGUCAAUUUGAAGUGAACUGUAAAGAUAACAAAACAUAUAUCCUAGGGAUGUAACGAUUCACUGAUACGCAUCGGUCCCCGAUUCAAAUGUUUAAGAUACAAGUGCAUCGGUCCUUGGACCCCAAACCGAUCGAAAUGUAGCGUGCAUCGGUCAGAAAAUCAAUUCAAAAGUUACGAAUCGCCGGUUCACUAAAAUGUUUUGCUCAUAUUACAUUCUUUCUACCUUCCGAAAAUACCUCUCAUCUUUUGUGACAACUGAUGCGUCCUCUCCUUCAGUGUUGAACUGAGCAUGUAACUGUGUUGACAGUCAUUGACCUACAAGUCAUUUUGCAUUCUGAACAACCCCAGGCAAUAUCAGUAGCUUAGUCAAACUGUGCACUGUUCCCAGUUUCGCGCGCAGACUAACGGCCUGUUCCUGAUCUUGCACAUCUGCGCGGCACCUUCAGCAUUCAAAUGCUAAAAUGGCUUGCUUGAUAUUAGGCUUUAUUAGUUGAGUGACAACCUGUGUAAUUUGCUAGGUAAUUGUCAUCUAUCCGCUGUUGAAAGUAAGCUACCGGAGACAACUCUCAUCUGACUAUACCUGCUGAAUGGGGAUUACAAUAGAUUCUAUUUUGAUUGUUCAGGUUCACCAUCAGCAAUCGUUUUGGUAGUUUUGCUUUAAACAAUCGGUGUAUAUGGUCAUUUUUUGAUAGACUAUACAGGGUAAAGUUGAUAAUUUCAUAACGAGAACAGCAACCACAGAGGAGAAGAGAAGAUCACUCCCAAACGGUCAAAACCAUUUGAUUUUUGAGUUGGGAUGAAAUCCAAUGUUGUGCUAUAUAUUCAUUGGCUAUGUCAUGGCUAAUUUGUAAAUGAUAAAUAUUGAUACAUUACUAGCUCCAACACAAUCUGCAAAAAAUGACAGGUGAAUUAGUGGGUGAUGGGGAUUUCAGAACCAAAGUGGGGGGACAAUAAAACACAGACUACACACACACAGAAGUCGGCUCAGACAGAUCCAGCUCAGAGACCCAGCUCAGACAGAUCCAGCUCAGACAGAUCCAGCUCAGAGACCCAGCUCAUGAGCUCCAUCAGCAGCAGAUAUGAAUUUAAAAUGGAAAAUUAAUGUGUUGAUGCAGCAAAUGUUAGUGCAUCGAAUCGUGUCGCACUGAUUCGUUCUCUAAUCAAACUGAAUCGUUUCAAACUGAAUCGUUGCUGUACGGAGCUCACGUAUACGUAUCGAGUCGUCUUGAAAGGGAAAGAUGCACAUCCCUAAUAUAUCCAGAGACCCUUACGGUCAAUCACAGCAGGUAAACGAUAAAUGGACGUUGCCAUGAUAAAACGAUCUACAAGACCGCCCGUUUCUCGUCUCUGUUGCCAUAGCUCAGAGCAUAUAUACAAUCAGUUGUCAGUUUAUUAGGUACACCAGCCCAUUGACAAAAAUCGUUAGCUCCUACAGACAAUGAGUCACGUGGCCGUGGCUUGCUGUAUAAAGCAGACUAACCUGUGCUUUUCACGCACGACAUUGUUCCCAGUUCCUGUUGCAUCAUGCUGAUGGCAGAGUGAAAUGUUACUUUUUGGUCCACCUGCAGGUAGAUCAAAAACAUCUACCAGCCACUCAGAUUUUUUACCAGCUAAAAUCGUUUUUGGCGCUAAAAUUACCCCAACAAAACACAAAAAAAGGAUGAGCAUGCUUUGUAAUGUUUCUAAAACAAUAAAUGUAUUACAAGUAAGAAGUAAUCUGGUACAGUGCUGUGAAAAAGUAUUUUCCCCCUUGCGAUUUUUUUCUACUUUUGCAUAUUUUUUCUACUGAAUGUUAUCAGAACCUAAUAUUAGAUAAAGGGAACCUGAGUUUACAAAUACAAAAAAAAGAAUGUAUAUUUAUUUUAUUUAUUUAAUAAAAGUUAUGCAACACCCAAUUCCCUUAUGAAAAAGUAAUUGCCCCCUUACACUCAAUAACUGGUUGUGCUACCUUUAGCUGCAAUGACCUCAACCGAAUGCUUCCUGUAGUUGUUGAUCAGUCUCUCACAUCGCUGUGGAGGAAUUUUGUCCCACCCUUGCAUGCAGAACUGCUUUAACUGUGGGUUUUCAAGCAUGAACUGGUCGUUCCAAGUCCUGCCACAAUAUCUCAAUAGGGAUUAGGUCUGGAAAUGGCUAGGCCAUUCCAAAACUUCAAAUGUGUUGCUUUUAACCAUUUUAAUGUAGACUUGAUUGUGUGUUUUGGAUCAUUGUCUUGCUGCAUGACCCAGCUGCGCUUCAGCUUCAGCUCACAGACGGAUGGUCUGACAUUCUCCUGUAGAAUUCUCUGAUACAGAGCAGAAUUCAUGGUUCCUUCUAUUAAGGCAAUUUGUCCAGGUCCUGAGGCAGCAAAACAUCUCCAAACCAUCACACUACCACCACCAUGCUUGACCGUUGGUAUGAGGUUUUUACUAUGGUUUUCGCCAGACAUAAUGGGACCCAUCUUGUCCAAAAAGUUGACUCAAGUUUGCCAAAAAGCACCUGGAUGAUCGUUAAGACUCUUGGAAGAAUGUUCUAUGGACAGAUGAGUCAAAAGUAUAAAAUGUUGGACAACAUGGGUAGACUUUAGUUAAAAGUAAAUUAGACCAACUGUUAUGUCUGUGUGCAGCACAUCUAAAAAUGAUUCGUUACUCAGCUCUUCACAUGCUCACAGCCCCCCAGCGUUGCCGUGCGAGGUGGGAUAAGCAAUAUACGAUUCCUAGUCUUUUACUUUGUGCGAUUUAUUUACCAGCUAUGAAACAGAAACGGCAGAAAUACUUUGAAAACAGCUACUGCAGCAUUUAUUUUACUAUAAAUGUGAUCAUAUUUGACUUUUUAUUCACAAAUGCGAGUGAAAUACUAGCGCUGUGGAGCCCUGACCACCCGCCAACGUGGCUGGUGAAACAGACAUCUUACCCGCCAAUGCCAAAAUCUACACGCAGCUGGUGGGUGUCAAUUUUAGGCCCUGAUCCAUGGCCCCAUCCUGGCUGGUGUCAACGGUACAGGCUGUUGGCGGUGGUGUAAUGGUGUGGGGAACAUUAGUUCCCUCGUUACCAGUUGAGCAAUGUUUCCAUUCCCAGAAGAAAUCAAGCUGUUCUGGAGGUAAAGAGGGAUUAGACCCGGUACUAGACCUAAUAAACUGGCCACUGAGUGUAUAUUUAAUAGCUAUCAAGGCCAUGCAUCCAACAGAGCCACCCCACUGUACCUUGCGGUCUUCUCAUGUGCGUAGGUUUUCCUGUGAGGUGAGCUUGGGUCUCCACUCUCCACGUUUUUCCAUUGAACCCAAAUGGACACAAAGUACUCUUUGUAGUCGAGUAGGGGGGUCAUUGUAGCUAUUGGCUGGUCUAAUUGAAAGGUGGGUGAAAGCAGAGACAGGCUAGGUAAUUGGCUAAACUUCUGUCUCUCUCCUCUCUCUCUCUCUCUCUCUCUCUCUCUCUCUCUCUCUCUCUCUCUCUCUCUCUCUCUCUCUCUCUCUCUCUCUCUCUCUCUCUCUCUCUCUCAUUCUGCAGACACGGGGAGCGAGGACCUGCUAGAGGAGCUAAUGUGUAACCUGGUGCACCUAGUCGUCGAGGUGCCCCUG